GCUUUGUUUGGGAGGAUAGCCAGGCUGACGGUUUGGCUGACCACGUGUGCCCUGAAGCUGUGAUCAUCGUGGUUGAUCCUGAGCCUGAUCCCGCCGUCGCUCACGAGAACAAGAAGCGCAAGUUGACAGCUGACAUCAUGUCGCAGGAGAAG